CGACCGACCAGUCGCGGGUCAGACAUGGCCGCAUAGUUUGCCGCCAUGAUUGACGAUAUCCCAGAAACCGGCGCUGUCUUCACGUUCGGCAAAUCUCACUUCGCCGACAAUGAACCGAGUCACUUCUUUAUCAAGAACGAUCCAAUCGUAGCUAUAUCUUGUGGCGAUGAGCACAGCGCUGUUAUAUGCCAGAACGGUCGUGUGUUCGUCUUCGGAACAAACGCUUGGGGCCAGCUCGGACUGGGACAUAAGGACGAAGUGACAAGACCGAGUUGUGUGAAAUGGCUGAAACCGCACCGCACCAUGUUCGUAGCGUGUGGGCGGGCGCAUACUAUUUUUGUUACCGACACAAACGCGAUCUACGCAGUGGGCUGCAACGAAGAAGGCCAGCUGGGUACAGGCGAUGUGGAGAGCCACUCAGUACCGCAGUAUGUCGAGCUGGAUGCUGACCAGCCCAUACGGCAGGUCUCCGCUGGUAGUAACCAUACUGCGGUGCUAACUGACGAUGGGCGCGUGUUCAUGUGUGGCUCGAACACGGAAGGGCAGCUCGGGCUCGGCGAAGACACCAGGACCUGCGUCAAACUCACUGAGCUCAAAUUUAUGGAGAAAAUAGCGUUCGUUGAGUGCGGCUACUAUCACACCGUGUUUAUUACUGCAAAAGGAGCCGUAUUCGUAACAGGUGACAAUGAGAACCAAAAGCUUGGUAUAUCAGAUACAGCAAAUAUUAUAUACGUUCCUCAAGUUCUACCAAUUAAUGUACAAAUAAAGAGCGCGUGUUGCGGCGCAAACCACACAUUUCUAUUGUCUAUGGACGAAAGCAAAAUAUUAGCUUUUGGUUCCAAUGAAAAAGGACAAUUAGGCAUGCCGAAUACAAUAGAAAUAGUGAAAGAGCCAACGGAAAUUAAUAUGGACAAAAUGUUCGACGGCUAUCAAUUGAAAUUGGUUGCUUGUGGGGCGAUGCACACUGCUUUUGUUACUGACAAUGGAUUGCUUUACACCUGUGGCGAGUCAAGGCACGAUAAAUUGUGCUUGGACGAAAUCGACGCCGACAACUCGACCGACUUCCCCAAUCAAUAUACGCCUAAGCGGGUCACCGCCAUGAAUGGUUUCAUUGUAGACAAUGUGGCUUGCGGCGGCUGCCACACUCUACUCACCGCUACCAAAGGCUCCAACGCAGACUUCACGAAUAACGAUUUCAUAGUCAACCAAGACAAUAAACAAAUAUCUAUUACCGAACUACCUCCCUUGCAAAAAGUACCAAUCAUGAACAAAGAAGAUCCUCCGGUGGAUACAGCAAAGCCUAGCGUUAAUGAGCACGUAAUUGAAAACUCUAACAAUGGAAAUGAAGAAAGCGGGUCGAUCGAUUCAUUAGAGGCGAAUGUAAGUGGAUCUCAUAUCGUUCAUAUUAACGAUCUCGAAACAGACACAGCAAGCAUACAUAACGUACCAGAUCUAAACAAUGAUACCAGUACGAUAAUUGACAACAUGCCUAAAAUGGAUAUAUCAACUUCUAUAGAAAAGGGAAUGACAGAAAUAUCAGAAAAACUAGAAAAAGCAAAGGAUAAAGUCACAGAGGACAUCGAGGAAAUACAAAACAAAGCCGAAGACAAAAUACAAGAAAUUGUACACACUGUUAAAGAAGAAGCAAAUGAGAAAAUAGAAGUCGUAGAGGAUGUUCUAAAAAAAUCUGUCGCAAAAAUUGACCCCGGGUUUCACUGUGAUGAAAAGAUAUCAUUGGGAAUUCCAGAUAAAAUAGCAGAGACUAAUAAUUCACCACCUCCAAAGAGUCCUAUAAUUCAAGACCUUUUGCACAUACCCGACAUAUCCCACAUGAGUCCAAACUUAAGCAAACAUAGUGACGAUGGUCAACGAAGUGACGGGGGACAAUCAGAAAAUGAAACCAUACCUUGUGGUUCUGAUAAUUCGAGUCCACAAGCUGGAAAAACGAAAACUCAAGCAGUAUUACCAAUUGUAAGAAGUGAGGAUCAUAUUGACCAAGUCCCAACGAAUUGCGAAGAUUCGGAAGUGGUCGUUAAUAAACUGGAAGAAAAAGGUCGAUUCGCGCGCAUUUUUCAAUCGAUACGAGAUAAAGAAAACUCUUGCAUGGGUAAAGGAAAGGUAAUAGAAGAAAAGGUUACAGAAAAUAUUCACAAAGGCAUUGAAACUGCAGAGGAAAAAGUCCACACAAUAGAAGAGACAGUAGAAACAGAAAUCAGAAACCAAACAAACUCAAGAACCUGCACCAUUUUAUAAAAUUCUAAAGUUGUAUUGUCUUAGAUGUUUACAUUAAUUAAUAAAUUUUUAUCAUUUCUAUCGU